UUUAGAUGCUGCCUUUCCUGGAGUUAUUGCAGUGUCGCCAGAAGGUACAGUUCGUCACUGGGCAUCUGUAAGUCAUCAUCCGACUGACAUUGCCAUUGAGUUGGAUAGAGAGGUGGUACACUCUCUUACCCCAUUUCCAGAGAGUAUUAAUGGUGAAGGCUUAUUUUUACUUUCAACAACUACCUUCUCCUUCUACUGUAUUCGUCGUCUACAGAGUGGGUUAGUAGUGCAGCCGUUCUACACAAAAAAGCCUAAAAGUCUCACUCGUCGGGUUACGUCUGCGCUGCUCGGAGACAGCGGCGAUCAUGGGUUGAGGUCUCAUGUUAGUGGUUCAAAAGAAAGAAAAAGCUCUCAUUUUACUGUUCGAACAUUCUUAGUGGAUGCACUGCCUUUUAGUGAGGGCAUAAUGAUUUUGGCUGCAGCAUCAAACGAUGCCAUAUCUACUCAUCUUCACUUUGCUUUGGGUUCGACCUAUUUUUAUUCUUUUUUGCAAAAGAUUUGUUUGUGA